UCUGCGGGCUCCACAUGUAUCCCGUACGCGUGUUUUUUAAUGUUAGGAGAGAAAUAUUAAAGCUGUGAAACCGCGAUAUGAAAAGUGGAGAAGUUUUAUAGCUCAUUAAAGACUCUGAGAAGAUGCUGAGUGACACUGAGGCCGAGGAGCUGCUCGGCUUCUUGAGCCCCGACACGCGACCUGAUGUCAAAGGUCACACCACGGGGUACAUCCUGGGCCUGUCUGGACACAGGGACGGCUGCCGCUUCCUCCGCUCUAAACCCGACUUACUGGUCGCUCUGUUUGCUCUGACGUCCGACCCCUCCAUCGCCAUCGUGAAGGACUGUUACCACGUCCUCAUCAACCUGUCGGCCGACGAGACCCUGCACCAGGUUUUGGUGUCUGAUGUCAAAGUUCUUCCGGUGUUGUCGAAGAGGCUCCUGGACCCAGAGUACCCGUUCUCUGAUCAGAUCUGCACCAUCCUGUCCAACCUAUCCCGCCUCGUCAAGACCUGCAAGACGGUGUUCAAGGUCCUCCAGGAGGAGGUGGGUGUGGCUCAGCUGGUGGACAUCUUCUGCACAGAGGGCUACAACAAGAAGGCGACGCUCCACUAUCUGAGUCCACUGCUGUCCAACCUGACGCAGCUGCCCGAGGCCAGGAGCUACAUGAUGGACAAGGAGAGGUGUGUAAUCCAGAGGCUGUUUCCCUUCACACAGUACAGGGCGUCGGCGGUGAGGAGAGGAGGCGUCGUGGGGACGCUGCGCAACUGUUGCUUUGACCACGCCCAUCACGAGUGGUUGCUAAGCGACGCCGUGGACGUGCUGCCCUUCCUGCUGCUGCCGCUGGCCGGGCCGGAGGAGCUGACGGAGGAAGAGAACGACGGUCUACCUGUGGACCUGCAGUACCUCCCCGAGGACAAGAAGAGAGAAGACGACCCCGACAUCAGGAAGAUGCUGCUGGAAACUCUUCUACUGCUGACGGCGACCCGGGCCGGCCGCGACACGCUGACCCACAAGAAGGUUUAUCCCAUCAUGAGAGAGUUCCACGGCUGGGAGAAGGACGUCCAGGUCUCGGCCGCCUGUGAGAAGCUGGUCCACGUGCUGAUCGGAGACGAGCCGGAGCAGGGGAUGGAGAACCUGAUGGAGGUGAAGAUUCCUGAGGACGUGGAGGUGAAGCUGAAGGAGGCGGACGUCAAAGAACUGCAGGAGCUGGAGAAGAUGAUGCAGGAAGAGGAGGAGGAGGAGAGGAAGAAGAAGAGUGAUGCAGAGGAGACGGAUAAAGGACAGGAGAGUGGACUGAUACGAUGAAGCCCGUUUCUACGCCCGGCUUCACCGGCUGCAUCGUUUUAAGGGACGGCUCCGUGUCUCUCGGACAGUUCAUGAUGUCGUUUGUCGUUCCGACGGGACGAGGCGCUGACGUCGGGCCACAGGAAGUGACAUCACUGCUGAGGGAGAAAAGAAGAGCGUUUCCUGUCUCGCGGGCUGCUGCGUCGUCUUGCUGUUGAAGCCUGAAAUAAAGUUUUGAGCGUGA